UGUGAGACACCUUUGUGUAUAAUACAUUUGUUACCUCAGCAGUCCAAGACUGGCAAAAAUCAGAUUCUACAGUGGAACUUGCUGGACUUUUUUCAGCUAUUCUCAUCUGACCACAAGACAAGAUGGCGGCAACAUGCAACAAAGACUCUGGUCCCACAACAGAUUCCACCAACAUGAGGAUAGUUCUGCUGGGUACGCCUGGAGCAGGGAAGAGUGCAACAGGAAACACCAUCCUGGGGAGAGAUGUGUUUAGAGAGGAGACUGGAUCAGGGAAGAGUGUGUUGGGGAAAAGAGAGGUGGAGGGGAGGACCAUCACUGUGAUUGACACUCCUGGGAUUUACAGCACAACACUGACUAAAGAACAACUGAAUGAGGAAAUGAAAAGGUGCAUCUCUCUCUCUUCUCCAGGCCCCAACGUGUUCCUUCUGGUUAUCAGGCUGGAGAGAUUCACACAGGAAGACAGGAAUGCUUUGUCAUGGAUCCAGGAAAACUUUGGUGAGGAGGCCUUGAGUUACACCAUGGUGUUAUUCACCGGAAGAGAAAAACUAACCAGGAAGCAAUGGGAGGACUUUGAGAGGACUGAAACAACUAAACAACCAAUCAGUGUGUGUGGAGGAGGGUAUUAUGCUCUCAACAGUAAGCCAGAGGUCCACACCACUCAGGUCACAGAGCUGCUGAGGAAGAUAGAAGAGAUGGUGGAGAGGAAUGGAGGAGAGCUCUACCUAGAGGAGAGGUACCAGGUGGCUCAGAGAAAGAUCAGAGAGGAGCAGGAGAGGGAGAAGAGAAAGGUGGAGAUAAAUGAGAGGAAGGGGAAAUUAGAGAGGAGAGAGGAAGAGGUGAGGAGGAUGGAGGAGGAGUUGAGGAAGUCACUGGAGGAGGUAAAGAGGAUAGAAGAAGAUCUGAAGGAGAGACAUAAAGAGUUACAAGAAAAGAGAGAGGAGUUUAAGAAAGUGGAGAAGAGAAAAAGACAAGAGGAGGAGGAUAAAUUGAUAGAAAAGGAGCAGCAGAAGAGAGAAGAGAAUCUUCAAAAGGUAAAGGAAGAGGCAAGGAAGCAAGAGAACAAAGUAAAGGAAAUAGAGGAAGACUUGAAGCUAGCACAGGAACAUGUGAGGAAGAUCGCAGGAGAGGUGAAUGAGAUAGAGGAAGUGAUGAAGAGAGAAGAGCAGAGGAGGAGUGAGCAGAAUACACAGGAGAAGAAGAAAAUAGUGGAAUUGAUGAAGAGAGAGAUAGACAAAAGGAAGAGAGAGGAGCAGAAGAGAGAGGAGGAGAAGAAAAUAGAAGAGCGGAAGAGAGAGGAGCAGAAGAGAGAGGAUGAGAAGAAGAAAAUAGAAGAAGAGAAGAAGAGAGAGGAGCGGAAGAGAGAGGAUGAGAAGAAGAAAAUAGAAGAAGAGAGGAAGAGAGAGGAGCAGAAGAGAGAGGAGGAGAUGAAAAUAGAAGAAGAGAGGAAGAGAGAGGAGCAGAGGAGAGAGGAGGAGACGAAAAUAGAAGAAGAGAGGAAGAGAGAGAAGCAGAAGAGAGAGGAGGAGAAGGAACUCUUGUUAUUAGCAACUGUUACAGGUGGGUUAGCAUUACUAGUUGCAGUGUGUUUUUGGGCCAAACAAUAGGAGAUUGAAGAAGAUGUUUGAUUGAAUGGUGAAUGCUGAUUGAGUGUUUCAUCUCCUGACCACAUUACUGACAUCUACUAAUGAAAUAUUUUGUUCCCAUCAAAAAGUUCUGUAUGUAGAAUUAUAUUAAAGUUCAGAUCUUAUGUAAAUAUGAUUGACAUGUAAAGGUAUUGGUAUUUACGGUGAUAUGAGGGUGAAAUGUAGCUUAGCCAUUAAGAGUGUUGGGCCAGUAACCAUAAGGUAUUGCUGGUUGGAAUCCCCGAGCCGACAAGGUCGAUAUGCCCUUGAUCAAGGCACUGUCAUGACGUUGGCCUGUGGGUAAGGUUUAUGACCCCCCCAUAAAUACCUUUCCCCCUUCCCCUCUCUUACUGACCCUACUGAAGA